GUGUAAUGGAGCCAGGUACGGCGUACUGUCUCUCUUUUCCUGCUCUGUGGAAUUUUGGAAAUUAAACACAUCCGGGUUGAGUAUAGGAUCAAGUUGAACUAGGCACUACACCUGAGGAGUUGUAGGCACUCACCAUGUUCCGAGUGUUUUCAUCAUUCACACUAAGAGGGGGAAAACUACAGGUAUGGAAUACAUGUGCUCUAAAGUCUCUGCGACUAGCCAGCGGGUUUUCUGUCAACCGACUUGACCACUUCGUCAUCACAGUCAAGGAUGUAGAGAAAACUUGUGAUUUCUACUCCCGAGUUCUGGGUAUGGAGGUGUCGACCUUCAAGGGUGGGAGGAAAGCUUUGAAUUUCGGUCAACAGAAGAUUAAUAUUCACGAACAUAAGAAAGAGUUCGAACCGAAGGCCCACGUCCCAACCCCCGGGUCAUCAGAUGUCUGCUUCAUUACACAGGAAACGUUGGACAGCGUCAUACAGCACCUCAAGAAUUGUGAAGUACCUGUAUUGGAGGGACCAGUAGACAGAACCGGAGCUGUCGGUCCUAUCCGGUCGGUAUAUUUCAGAGAUCCGGAUAACAAUCUCAUAGAAGUGUCCAACUAUCUGAAGGAGUCCUGACCCUCGUCUCCAGCUGUAACCUUUCAGAUCAGCCAGUUGUUACAUUGGACUAAGUCACUGUACAUAAAACAUACGUUAUACCGAGUCACAACGACUGUCUACACGCGCUCAUAACAUUAGGAAUGCACAUUGCUGUUGCUGAAAAUGUUUCGUAACUAAGUUCUCUAAGCCUAAUAGUUACUUUUGUGAAAACACAAGUGAAGGAAAUGGCACGAACCAAUUCUAUCUAUUGUUUCACGACAGUACAGUAAACAAAGCACAGGAAGUUGAUUUUUAGGCAUAAUAAGAUUGAAGGAAAUCCGAUGUGUUUUCGUUGAUAUUUCGUACCUUUUGAAAGAACGUUGUAUAAUUGUUAAUUAAAUACUUUUUUGUAUAAUACAA